CCUCAAUGUCACCACUGAUUUCAGGGUCGCUUUCCGUCAGGAACGGGCCAGGAAUGAUCCCUUUCCCAUUCCCGGCCGUCAGUGGCCUUUUUCCUUUCCUUUUCCCUCCCUUCUUCCCUCCAUCUUCUGCAGAACUUCGGAUUCCCAUGUCCAUCGCCGGCAUUAUCUGAGUCGGUGUUGCAGAACCCGCCGUGACGGCGGCUCGCCCCUCUUGUUUUAGUCUUUCCAUCACUUAUACGGGUCUGUCCGACCCGAGGCCACUCAUUCCCUUGUUAAUUGAUUCGUUGGCGAUUUCAUCAUGACUACCGAAUCCCAUUCAUUCGCAAUGUGCACAACACGACUUGUGACGCACUCCAAUCUUUGGAUAUCUCGCUUGUCCUCCCUCGCCCUCCUUGUUCUCUACUGCGCCACCGCGACCCAUGCUGCCACGACCACAGUCUGGGCCACCCCUCACGACAGCUACUCCUCCUCGAUCGGCGUCCUCGGUUGCAAAGUCGACACCGACCGCAUCGCCUACUGGCCCAGCUCGGUCGACUGCAACAACCUUUGCGUCUCCCUCUCGUACGGCGACCGCAAGGUCAAGCUCCUGCGCAUCGACCAGUCCCAGGGCGCUCACGACAUCAGCUACGAUGCCUGGAACUAUCUUACCACGGGCCACGGGGCCAACGACCGACCGGCCGUUGGCGGGCCCAUCGAAAUGCAGACGGAGGAGCUGGACGCUUCCGAGUGCAAGGACCUGAUCCACACAGAGGGACACAAGCUUCCACUGUCGGCGGCCAACAGCAUGAACUUUUUGGCGAGCUGCCUCGACCACAAGAAUGGCAGCUGGGUGGGCGAGAAUUACAUUCUUUACAACAUCCUCGACUCGAUUUGCACGUGGGGAUACGACGAGCCGUGCGAGCUGAACUGGCCGAGUGCGAACCAGGCGCAGUGCAAGCAUGCUUUGGGCACGCCGAACACGCUGAAAGAUGACCCGGUUUACGAUAUCAAAUAUCCUUCGGGCAACAAGGUUAUCGCGGGGUCGGGAGAGGUGGUGAAAACGGGAGGGACUCCGUGGGGCGAUGUGGGCGGGACUGGUCAGGAAAACGCCGCUACGAGAGGUCUGGUUGCGGGCAGUUCAGCGACGUUUUUGUUUGUUUGGAUCAUGACUAUGAUGAGCUACGGGGCUUUAUGUUGGAUAUGACGAUGCUUCUUUUCGUACAAGUUGGAUAGUUGGUGGGCCCUGUUUUGCUUCGAUUCUUGAGAUACCCCUUUUAG